UUUUUCUAAGGAUAGUUUUGUUUCGGCCCCCCCUUAACGAACUCCCCUGCAUUAAGAGCCAAUAUAUGGUAGAAGUACAUUUUUAGGGUACAAGGUUUCUCCCCAUGUAAUAAUCUGACGCGCUCGAGUAACUGCAAAAAUCCCCGCUUGGGCUCCUCUACCAUAAUUUUAUUUCAUACAUUGUAGCAGAUGCAUCGAAAUUUGACAGUGACUUAGAGAAAAACAGUGACGUGGUAAGAAAAGGUGUCUCAUAUUUUUAUAUGAUAAUUUUUUUAGAAAUGGACGGUUUAGUACCAGUGUAUUACAAGUCCAAAGACUACGGUAGAUUGAUGCUGCGUUGGGCGGAAGUAAUGCUCCGAAUAAUUCUGAUCUGGCCUGAUACAGAUCACUACAAACUUUUGCUCUUCUCCUGCGUUACCUCAAGUUUAGCAAGUAUAUACAUAUUCUGUGGAAUAAUUGCAUAUGCAGUAAAAUACUCAAACGAGUUUGAGAAGGUUUCUUACGCUUUAUUUAUGAUGGCUAUUCCACUAUUGCCAAUUCUAAAGAUCCCAGUACUUGGCUACAAAUCGAAACAGCUAAAAAAACUAAUUCAUCAGAUAUCAACAGACUUUUUGCCUUACGAUAUAUUGGACACAAUUCAUACGAAUUCUUUUAACAUAAUUUACAAGGUGAUGUUUUAUUUUAUGACAACUUUGAUAACGUUGGCUAUCUUAUUUUCUUUGGUUAUUUGGAUACAGCCACAAUUUAUGUCAGAAAAAACUUUACCCUUUCCAUGUGCAUUACCUUCUGAUUUUUCCAACAAAUUUAUUUAUGUCUCUUUGUACAUUCUUCAUGCAAUAUCUGUCUCUAUAAUCGUCAUCAUGUCAAACGGUGGAACAAAUAUUUUUAUACUUGGUGUUGGUCUGCGCACAGCCAACCAGAUGUACAUAUUGCGCAAAUGUUUUCAAAGCUACAACACGAGCGAUAUGGGUACAGUCAUACAAAAGUUAAGAACAACGGAUAAAAAAGAUGUGGCUAUUAGUUGCGCUAACGUCGAGAAGGAGUACUUAUUGAGAUGUGUGAAACACCACAACAUGCUUAUAAGAUUUAUCAAAGAUCUUAACGAUGCUUUCAGCCCUUUUGAACUUGGUCAUCUAUUUUUGACCGUUUUUGGUGUCAGCAUAGGAGCGUAUGUUGCAUCUAGGGAUGACGUAAGCAAAUUUCAACGAUUCCUGGGAGUUCUAUAUGUUAUAGCUUACCUUUUUCAGCUUGGAUACGAUUGCGUCACGAGCACUGAAUUGUGGUAUCAGGCAAGCUUAUUACCUGAAUGCAUUUUUAAAAGCAACUGGAACAGUCUUCAAGAUGAGAGUCUUAAGAAAGAUCUAUUGUUUGUUUUGCACCAUUCUCAAAAAUUUCUGGUAUGCACUGUGUACGGCCUUUAUGACUUGAAUACAACGUUGUUUAUUAAAGUUCUUAAAGUCACCUUUUCGGCUUACACUGUGCUUUCAACUGCUUCAACUGUAUCAAAGUAAUAUAAAAACUAGACAAAUAAUAUGUUUUUUGCCGAUAAAACACAGUGUACUGUACGAUUCUUAGAUAUUAUAGUGAGGAAGAACAUGAAGCAGUAAAGUUGCGAAUAAAUAGGACAAGUAAUUUUACACACUUAAAAAUGAAUUAUUAAUUGUGACAUUAUUGUGAGGCACUAUAAGAAAUUUACAUUGAAUUUUUA